AUAAUAAAUUUGUUUGUCUAUGAAAUGAGUUUAGUUGAAUAAUAUUUUUAUAUAUUUAUUUUUAAAUCAAAGUUUUUGCCUAUUAGAAGUCUAAUGAGCAACUUUUACAAGUAUAAUCCUAGUUGGAGUUGAAUAACAUUUGAGUAAUCAAUACAUAUUAUUUUUGUUAAAUCACAUUUCAAACCAAUCAAAUUAUAACGUUUCAUUUAAACAUAUUCUUAAUUAAUAAUAUGAUGUCAUCAGUUCACAUAUUUACCGUUAAUUUAAUAAAUGUCAACAAAACAUUCAACAGCUAUUAAACAAAACAUUCAACAGCUAUAUAUGGUUUAGUAGUCAAGUAUGAUGUCCCUAUUCUCCAUUGCUACCAAAAGUUCACAUAAUAAAAAUUUCAGAAUUUAAGAAAGAGAACUCCCCCAACAACACAAUAUAUCUUCUAACAUUGAUAAUAGCAAGAUAUCACACAGCACAGCUUUGAGAUGAGCCAGCGUGUUCCAUACUGCCACAUCGAUGAGACUCCGGCGGCCACCGUCGGCUCCACAAAAGCUGCAUAUAUCCCCAUACUACGAGGUAGCCGAGCUGACGUGGGAAAACGGACAACUGGGGUGGAACAGCUUAGGUCCAACGCAAGUGCCUGCUUCAUCGAAGAAUUUAAGAAGCGCCGGUGGAACAUUGGAGUCAAUAGUAGACCAAGCUACUCGCUUUCCUAACCCUAAGCCCACCGAUGAGCUCGUCCCAUGGUUCCACCACCGCUCUUCCAGGGCCGGCUUGGAUGCGCUUGUCCCCGAGCAGCAGAGCCAGCCAGCCACCCACGUGGGCUCGUGUAGCAAUGGUCAUCCCAUGGCUGGUGGAAAACGAGCCAGAGUGGCCUCAGAGUGGAGCACCGGCGGGAGCCAAAACCUAACCUUUGAAACUUACGAGAAGAGGAGAGAUAAGAUCAAUCAAAGGAUGAAGACUUUGCAGAAACUGGUUCCAAAUUCCAGCAAGACGGAUAAAGCGUCGAUGUUGGAUGAAGUGAUAGAGUACUUGAAGCAACUUCAAGCACAAGUGAGCAUGAUGUGCAGAAUGAACCUGCCUUCCAUGAUGCUUCCCAUGGCCAUGCAGCAGCAGCAACAACUUCAACUCUCUCUCAUGUCCGGUUCCAUGGGUUUAGGGCUUGGCAUGGGGAUGACCGGUCUAGGUCUUCUCGGUCUUAAUUCUAUGAACCGAGCUGCUGCAACGGCUCCUAAUAUCCAUACCAACAUGAUGCCGAACCCAUUUGUUCCCAUGACUUCUCUAUCGUGGGAUGCCUCCUCUUCUACCGACACUCUAUUUCAGUCUCCGCUUACCCACGAUCCUAUGCCAGCCUUUCUUUCAUGUUCCUCGCAGCAAACGACGAUGGAAGCAUAUAGCAGGAUGGCGGCAUUAUAUCAGCAAAUGCAGCAACAGAUACCUCCUCCUUCAAAUCCAAAAUGAUUAUAUUAUAUUAUUUUUUUGCUAAAAAAAUAAUUAUAUUGUAAACCUUAAGUCUACAUAUGUAUUGCAGAUCUUCACCAUACAUAUUCCAUUGUAUUUUAUAUGUUUAGGGCCUAUAGGCUACACAUGAUCUUUAUAUGAUAUACUUUCAAAAAAGGCCUGGUUGUAAUUAUACUUCGUCCCAAAUAUGAUGAUUAUAUUUGAGUGAAUAUGUAACAUCAAUGUAAACACAUAAACGAGCUCCAACUU